GCAUGGCGGACACAUUCUCAUUGGUUGAGCGCGUUGAGCGCUUCCAACUGCUGAAUGUCGUAAUAGCGCGCGUGACUAUCAUUGGCGGAGUAAAAUAAAAAGCGAAAGUAAAAAUGCCAAGCGGCGCCUCGUCCUCGUUCGUCUUUGUGCCAUGCUACUCCAGCUUAUCGAGCAGCACGCGCAAGUCCACGUAACCGCUGCGUGCGUUGCUCGAGGAAGAUACGCCAGAUAACUUUCUAGAGCAACGAGAAAACGUGGAAAGAAACGCGGACAACACAUAGGAAUUAAGUCAUUUGCUGAACUGUUCAGUUACACGUGCGGCGUCAGAGAGAACCUCGUGUGGAUUAUGGAUACAAGCGCGCUUGCAACUUCAACAUCCAAGCAAGCUAAGACAUGUCGACUUCAAGUUCGUUACCUAAUGAGCUGUAUGAUCUCCCUGGGGAUCUUCCUGGUGUAUUCAAUGAGGGUGAAUCUCAGUGUGACCAUAAUUGCCAUGGUGAAUACCACAGCUGUGAACGGCAACUCGAGCCAUGCAUCAAACGUCAGCUGUCCUGUUCCUUACCGGAAUGCAUCAUAUAUAGACGGAGGUGAUGAGUCAGAUGACGGAGAAUUUCUCUGGGACCCUGUGAUGCAAGGCUAUGUGUUAAACGCUUUCUUCUAUGGGUACAUCGUAACGCAAAUCCCUGCUGGGUGGCUGUCAGAGGUCAUCAAUCCCGCAUGGAUCUUUGCAGCAGGUGUCGGCGCCACAUCGUUACUGACCCUUGCCACUGCAGUGGUGGCAAGAGCCAGCUUUAGUGCAUUCAUCGUCCUUCGAGUUCUCGAAGGCAUCGCUGAGGGUGUGACCUUUCCAUCUAUAUUUGCCAUCAUGGCCCGCUGGUCACCUGUCCAAGAACGCAGCUUCCUUCUUGCCAUCAGCACACUUGGCAGUGUACUCGGUACUACUGUAACACUACCUGUUUCUGCUGUUCUGUGCCAAUAUGGCUUUGCCGGUGGCUGGCCUUCGGUAUUCUAUAUCACAGGUCUCCUUGGUUGUGUGUGGUUUAUAUUUUGGGUUCUUAUCGCAUCUGACAUGCCAGAAGAACAUCGCUUCAUUUCUGAAGAGGAAAAAAAGUACAUAAUAGAAUCACGUGAUGCAACAUUUGCUGUGCGCAAGCCUGUGCCAUGGGCGAGCAUACUGACAUCACGAGCUGUCUGGAUGAUUGCCUUGAUAAAGUUUUGUGGAGCAUGGAGCUUCUACACACUGCUUACCGAACUGCCCAGCUACCUAGCUGACGUGCUACACUUUAACAUCCGAAGUAAUGGAUCUCUGAAUGCUAGCGUCUACUUGAGUCAGUUGCUUGUGGGCCUUGGCAGCAGCUACUUGGCUGAUUAUUUCCGAAAGAAGGAAAUUCUCGGAGUGACAAAUGUGAGGAAAGUCUUUCAAAGUAUCGGAUUGCUUGGACAGGCCGUAGGCAUGGUUGGUGCCACUUUUGCGGGCUGCGACUGGAUGUUGGCUUUUGCGAUGCUCUUAGUUGCUUCUUCGUCUUCUGGUGCACUAUAUGGCAGUGAAAGCGUGCUGCCCGUAGAUAUUGCUGCUCAAUAUGCUGGUGCGGUUAUGGGCUUUGCCAAUUGUAUUUCAAACAGUGCUGGCAUAUUUACUCCUCUUGUUGUUGGCUACCUCACGGAAAGCAGUGAAAGCAUUGAACAGUGGAACAAGGUCUUCUUCACAUCUGCCGGGGUGGUUGUCUUUGGGGCAGUGGCAUUCCUCCUCUUUGGCAAGGCCGAGGUGGAACCCUGGGCACGUCAGCCAUGUGGCUCCAUCAAUGACUCGUGCUCGCUUCUGGUCGCCGCUGAUGAGGAAGCAGAGGACAGCAGCUCUGUCUCAAAGACUGCAGGGACUACAUAACGUGUCCACGUGUGGUAUUGUCUGCACCCGCCCUGGUAGCUUAGCAUGUGGUGUAUCACACUGCUAAGCUCGAGGGCACAGGUUCGAUUCUCAGCCACGGCAGCCGCAUUUUGAUGGGGGCGAAAUGCAGGGAACAUCCGUGUGCCUAGAUUUAGGUGCACGUUGAAGUACCCCAGAUGGUCAGCUUUGAUCCAUAGUGCCCCACUACAGCGUGCCUCAUACUAUCCGUAUCGUGGUUUUGGUAUGUAAAACCCCAGCAGUUAUUACUAUAUGGUAUUAAUUUUUAUUUAUAUGUGAAAAAAAAAAGCAUGGUAUGGUAUUGUCUGUGAUGUGACAGAAUCAGCCAUAGCUAGCUUUAAAGCUGCAUAUCAGCCAUGACAUCUAUUGUGAACAAAAAGAAUUCUACUUGUUGAUCAUUGAGGAAUGACGAUGGUGUGAACAUAGUAUUACACUGAUUGAGGUAGAUGGAGCAGCGCUGAGUUCUGAGGAAGACAGUGUAAGAUGAAAUAGGAAUGACAGCUGAUACGGCUUUUCAAUUGAUGCAUGUGGUACUUGAGGCACAUAUUUUUACCUCCUCUUCAGGAAGUAUUUCAGGACUGAAGAAUGGAAUACUACUAAGGUUACAACUCUGUGAGGUAACUGGGCCAAUGAAUUAAGUGCUAUAAAGUAUUUUUUAUGGCUAUUAUUGGCCACAUCCAGGAUGAGAUAGAGAAAGAUUACUACGUGGGAAAUGAAUUUUGCCUGACAGAUGCACAUAUUGCACGAGUCAUAAGCUUUGUAUGCCGUAAUUUCGAGCUUAUGUACCCUGGCACAGUAGAACGAUUUCUGUGUGCAAUGUUUUGCUCAGUAUUUAAAGCUAGCUCAACUUUGACGUCAUUUUUCUGUUUGAGAACGUUCGGAUUUUGAAAGCUAUUGUAGCAUGCUGCAUGUGCAAAAUAUUUAAGGCAUUAUAUUUUAUCAUAAGUUGUGAUGUUCACUCCUACAUAAACCAGCCUAUAGAAUCUAUGAUUAGUUAAUGCAGUGGACAAAAAUGGUGGAAUCCUUCAGCGCUGCUGUUCCAGAUCUCUUCCCUCUGAUUUUGCCAAUUUGAUCAGCCGAUCAAAUUGGCAGAAUUGCAGGAAAGCUUUAACGAUGCUGCAUAGCUAGCUACGCAGCAUCAUUAAAGCUGUGCUUUGAGUGGUGAGGACAGAUAAUAAUGUAAACUUGAGGUCAUGAACCUGGUAAUUUUCCUGCAGUUAGAAAAAAAGCUUGGCCACAUUGUGGUGUUUGACACACGUCCCAUGGCAGUGAAGCAAAGCAGUGCACUUCAAACAAAAGUGUAUGGUGCAAUCCUUUGAUAACUGUUUCAUUUGCUGUUGACUGGCUCUCAUACUUUUAGGUUGAAUUCUCAGCCCUCAAACACUGUUUAUGUAAGAAUUUAAAAAAAAAAAAACAGAAAGAAAAACUAACAGAGUUUAAUGUAGUGUGUUGCAAUUUAGCGCACAUUUAAGGUAGUAAUGCAGUAUUUACAUGGUCCUUAUUACCAUUCAUUAUCGGACUACCUGCACGAAAUGAGUCUUUUGGUGUGCCACUAAACAUUCAUAUGCCUAAAGGCAGGCAGGCUUACAAUCAGCCUGCCCGUAUGAUUAAAUAAACAAAAAUGUAUGCUAGUCAUUGUACGAAGUGGAAAGCAAUGCAGGUUCAUCUUAGCAUGAGCUCAUGGGGUGGCUGGCACAAUAUUGCCAGUCCAGACUGUAGCAGACAUCAUAUGCCAUUCAACUUUCGUGAUUUUCACAUUCCAUCUAUGAUUAAUAAAAAUUUGGUCCCACAGACAGUUUGUAAAGCCAAUGCUGUUUCCUAUAUAGCUGAUUUGGCCUCAGUAUGAGCAUGCCAUGACAAAUGUUCGUGAUUCACUUUAGAAUUCAUGCCAGAACAUAAUGAAAAAUGAAACUCCUGCAGGAAAAUUGUUUAUUGCACCUCAUAUUUUGUAUAUAUGACUACUACAUAGUGUGAACAGUCAACUGUUGAAUAUGUAAUUGGUGGAGUUAUGCAUGACUAAAGCACAUUCAUCGCUUUGUUUUAUCAGUUUCAUCAAUCACUCUAUAGCACUAUCAUAUGACUGGUUGGCUAACCACAACUGUUAACGUGUGACACCAGUAUCUAUGAUGCUUUCAUUUUACUUCUGUAUUCUUUGACAGAAGCAUGGUUUUUAUCAAAACACACGAGAAGAUUUAUAUUAUUGUGUGUAGUCACACACUCUUUACCAUUGCUAAGUAGCUUGAUUUUAAUACCAUACUCAAUUGGCACUUUUGUAUCAUAAGCUUACUCUGUACUUACAACGAAGUAAUUUUUAAUACUGCUGAUGUUAGUAUAGUUUAAAUGUUACCACUAAUUGUACAACAUGUCAGCAUCUACCACACUUUACCAGAGCAUCUUCUACACUAAUGAUCUUAGAGAGUGUCGAUUUGCCUUGUGGCUCUGUAUACUGUCAAUCAGUCAAGUAGGAGAUCUGUAUCUCACAAGGCAAAUAGCUUGUGUCCACAUAUAUCUGUGAUACCACAUCUUUAGAUAAUGAUAAUGGCUGAAAAUGGAGAGCUCAUAUCAGCAUGCAGUCUGCAAACGAGCACUCAAAGAGAGCUUGCAUCUUGAACUAAGCUUAUUGCACAAUUCACACAUGAGAAAACACUAGUCUUAUGGUCGUUUUGCACGUGUAAAGAACUUAUAUAGAACUUUACGUAACGUUCACGGCCACAUGCGUGCAAUGUUUUGAAUGAAGGUUUUUAUGUAUAUUAAAUUGUGAUAUUUUUAUCUCCUUGUGCUGUGCAAUAAUAACGAAAGUAUGUUACCAUACUUUCAGUAGUAGUAUUCAAGUUUCAAUGUGCAUGAGAUUAAACCCGAAUUUUAUCUGUUCUGGCUUGUUCAAGGUGCUACUACUGCACAGACAAUCUCAAGCUCACAUUCUCGGCUGCAAAAAGGUUUUGCUGAGCAUGUUUGCUUGCUUCCAUUUAAUUGCUUGGGACUCUUUUAUUCACGUGCAAGUUGUUGCGAUGAAGCUAACACAAGUAUGGCAAGCAGACAUUUCUUUCAGUAUAGGCAUAUUAUAAAAACAAUUACUGGUACUGUACAACAGUUUGGUGCUUUCAAGUGAUGCAUUGACGGGAAAGCUUAAGCAGAGCCAUAGCAUAUGGUCAUUUGGUUUUUGGUAUAGUAAAUGAAUUCUUUUCUACCUCGUUACCUUGCUGUGAACAUUUAUAUCCUUGCUGUAAAGUCAUUUGUGGUGAAAGUUUGUUUCUUAUAUUAAAAUAUUGUUGAUUAUAUGUGUCUGUUAAACCAUCCUUGCCAUCUACAGCUCCUUCUUCACUGAACUGUACCUUAGAAACACAGCAGUCGUGCAUCCUUUCUCAGUCAUGCAUAUACACUUAUUUUGUGAUAAAUAAAAGGU